UCUCAGACAACGACCAAAAAUCUAUUAGUCAACAUCCAAAGAGUGAUUGCGGGAACCUUAUAAUUAAUGUGUUCAACCACAAGAUGCUAAAAGUAGAAAAAGACAAUGGAGAAGAACCAACAGAAACGGUUUGUGCUCGUCCAUGGGCUGUGCCACGGUGCAUGGACUUGGUACAAGGUGAAAACACUGCUGGAGGCUGCAGGUCACUGUGUGACAGCAGUGGAUCUGGCGGCAUCCGGUAAAGACAUGACAAGAGUGGAAGAGAUUCAAACUCUGAAGGCUUACUGCAAACCAUUACUUGAGUUUAUGAGCUCUCUUGGUCCGGAUGACGAUAAGGUGAUUCUUGUUGCUCAUAGUAUGGGAGGAAUACCAGCUGCAUUUGCUGCUGACAUAUUUCCUUGUAAGAUUGCUGCUGUUGUCUUCUUGACAGCUUUUAUGCCCGACACAAGAAAUCCACCUGCUUAUGUUUUUGACAAGCUGGUCAGUAGCGAUCCAGAAGAGGAAUGCUUGGACACUGUGUUUGGAACCUAUGGGACACCUGAUCGCCCUCUAGAAUUUGCUCUUUUUGGACCAAAGAUCAUGGCCAAGAAUUUGUAUCAACUCUCUCCCGUCCAAGAUCUUGAAUUAGCAAAUAUGUUGGUGAGGGUAAACCCGGUCGUUACAGACAAUCUGGCAGGGACAAGAAGCUUUAGUGAGGAAGGGUACGGAUCCGUUACACGUAUAUAUAUCGUCUGCGGAGAGGACUUUGCGAUACCCGAGGAUUUCCAGCGCUGGAUGAUCAAGAACUUCCCAGUAAAAGAAGUAAUGGAGAUCAAAGAUGCAGAUCAUAUGGCGAUGUUCUCCAAGCCUCAAGAACUCUGUGCUCUUCUUUUGGAGAUUGCGGAUAAAUAUGCCUAGAUAAACUAGAGAUCUUCACUGCAUCACAGUUACAAUACUAAGCGAGAUGUGAGUGACUAGUUACAUUCUAUAUUUAUAAGAAAUAAGCAAAUAAGAUUAUUGGUAACAAUGGUGUAUCAUAUAAUUAAGAAUGUAAGAAGAAGAUUACACACUACCUGAAGUUCUCCAGCAUUGAAUUAUCAAAAGAUGUAGAACAUAUGCAUGUAUACCUGCAUAUAUAAGUAUAUUACUAUGAACUUCA